GAGAUUCUGGUUCCAUGUUGGAGCUUUCUGACAAAAUACUGAACUUUCAUUGGCCAGUCCAAGACCCAGUCCCUCCAUCCGUCCUUCCUCCUUUCCUUCCUUAUUAUCCUCGCCUUUUCUUUACUUUAGUCCCUUCCAUUCAUCCUUCCCUCUUCCUUCCUUGUUUCUUUAGAUCUUUUUGUAGUUGUGCUUUUUCCUUCCUUCCUAUCUUGAAUCUUUUCUUUCCUCCUAUGUUAGUCACUUCCUUCUUUCCUUCCUUCCAAUCUUAGUCUCAUCCUUCUUGCAUAUCUUAGCCUCUUGCAUCGGUAUCUUUCCUUCAUUCCUGUUGAUCGUUGUGUCUUUUUUUCCUUCCGAUCAUCGUGCCUUCCUAACUUCGUCCCGUCCAUCUUCCUUCCUGUCAUCACCCCUUCCUUACUCUUUCCUUUCCUAGUCGCUCCUUUUGUAGUUUCACUCCUUCCCAUCUUCCUUCCUUGUCAUCUUUGUCCUUUCCUUCUUUCCUUCCUUCCUUGCCACCUGCCACUGCUGACUGGGAGUUUGAGAAAACAGAGUCUAGACACAAAGAAACAGAGGAUCUGAUCGAGGAGUACUUUCUAUGUGUAGUAGAAGGGUUCAUGGCAUCGCGGCUCCUCCAGUUGCUGGUGAUCUCUCAGUUACAGGCUGUAAACCAUUCAGCGUUCACCUUCCUUCAGACCAGCAGCUUUCCAUGUUUGUUUACUUUCUAAUUAUUCCAGCUGGAUAUGAGCGACUGGCUGUCCCUGCUGUGAUUGGCUGGUUCGUCUCCUGCCUGCCUCCACCCAUUGGCCGGCUGCAGGUUGGGAGGGGCAGCUCCGGGCAUCCUCCCCCUGCUCCUGUAGCCGAGCUUGUAAAUGUAAAGUCUUUCUCCGGCUUUUAUCUGAGUGACUUCAGCGUUGUGCCUCUGAGCGAGUGUGUGUGAGUGUGUGUGUCGCAAGGAGAGUUAACGAGAGGAAGGAGCGGAGAGAGGGAGGGAGAGCCAAGCAGCGUUUAUUUUUCUCCCCCCUGCUCCCUGUCACUCCAUCCUUCCUCCCCUGACCUGGACCACCCUCCAGUCCUGCUUCCGGCCCGAACCGGGACCCCCAUCCACCCGAACCGCCCCGGGACCCUUUGACUCUCCUCACUUCUCCGUCCCACCAGCCACCACCCUGACAGGGAUUCCUCUCUGGUUGUGUUUGGAGUGCUGACUGCUAAGACCUCAGCUUCACACAAGCCUUAAGCCCAGCUGCCAGAGGUAAUUUGGUCUAAAAACACCUCAGCGCAACGUCUGCAGCAAAACUUGUUGGCCAGAGAUCCAGUUGACCUCAUUCCAUCUGAGUUCUGGAGGUCACAGGUCACAUGACCUGGAAGAAAAAACCCAGGAGGCUUUUGGGAUCGCUCUCCGCAUGGGCUGGCUAUCAACCUGAAGGGAGGUCAAAAGGCUGAUGAACUGAUCUGAGUGACAGCAGCGCAUUCAUCUGGUGUCCUGCAUGCCCUGGGAGCCCCGCGCCCAGCACUAAUCAGGUGCCUGGCUGAGUUUCGCUGCUCUGCAUCUUCCUGUGAGGACGUCCGAGGGCAGAAACGUUCCCAGUCCCACCCAGCAUGGACAACACCAAGGUCCAGUCCGAGGGCGGCCUGAACGUCACCCUGACCAUCCGCCUCCUCAUGCACGGGAAAGAAGUGGGGAGUAUAAUCGGUAAGAAAGGAGAAACUGUGAAGAAAAUGCGUGAAGAGAGCGGAGCGAGAAUCAACAUUUCAGAGGGAAACUGUCCAGAGAGGAUCGUCACCAUCACUGGACCUACAGACACCAUUUUCAAGGCUUUCGCUAUGAUUGCUUAUAAAUUUGAGGAGGACAUAAUCAAUUCGAUGAGUAACAGUCCAGCCACCAGCAAGCCGCCCGUCACCCUGAGGCUGGUUGUGCCGGCCAGUCAGUGCGGCUCUCUCAUCGGGAAGGGAGGCUCCAAAAUCAAAGAGAUGCGAGAGUCCACAGGGGCCCAGGUCCAGGUGGCGGGGGACAUGCUGCCCAACUCCACCGAACGCGCCGUGACAAUCUCUGGAACCCCAGAAGCCAUCAUCCAGUGCGUCAAACAGAUCUGUGUGGUCAUGCUGGAGUCCCCACCAAAAGGUGCCACCAUCCCGUACCGCCCAAAGCCCGCCUCCACCCCAGUCAUCUUUUCAGGUGGCCAGGCCUACACGAUUCAGGGACAGUACGCCAUCCCACACCCAGACUUGACCAAGCUCCACCAGUUGGCUAUGCAGCAAACCCCCUUUACCCCUCUCGGACAGACCACCCCUGCUUUCCCUGGUUUGGAUGCCAGCCCUCCAGCCAGCACCCAUGAACUCACCAUUCCUAACGAUCUAAUAGGCUGCAUUAUUGGGCGCCAGGGAACCAAGAUAAAUGAGAUCCGGCAGAUGUCUGGCGCGCAGAUCAAAAUCGCCAAUGCCAUGGAGGGCUCAUCGGAGCGCCAGAUAACCAUCACAGGGACCCCUGCUAACAUCAGCCUGGCUCAGUACCUCAUCAACGCCAGGUUCAGAGACGUGGCGGCCAUGUGGAACGACCCAUCGUCCAUGACUACAUCCUGAAGGCUCCCAAAUCUGGCUCUUGCUUUAGCUCCUCCAUUCUACGUUCACUGUUAGCUUGGAGCCAAUAAGUUUUUAGUUAAAGCCUGUUUUCUGCGUAUUGGUGUGAAAAACACUUUGACAUUUUGAAAAACAAAAUGUCAAUGCUGUUUAAUGUAGAUAAAGGCACAAUUAGUCAUAUAUUAGCUUAGCUUCAGUUAGCAUUCCCACUUAGCUUAGCAUCAGAAACAUCUAAACCAGAAACAUUUUGCAGUGACAACAAAACAUUUUUAAUUGCCGAAAUCUUGAAAUGUGAAGAUAAAUGUUCUUAAAAAAGUCAAACUAAACAUUUAUUUAGCAUGUAGCAUUUCAAAGAAGUCAUUUUUAUCGGUAUCAUCAUAUAAAAUUACAAAUUAUGUCAUAAAGUUCAAAAUAAAAGAAACAAUUUAAAAAGAGUAAAAAGCUGCAGCGGUUUAAUGCGGUUAGAGCCAUGUGAUGCUGCUUGGCCUCAUCACGGUUCAACACGACGUCCAGCUGGUUUCAUUGCAGAAUAACUUUCACUCCUCAGCGAAAGUUUCACAGUUUUUUGUUGUUAUUUGUCUCGCCCUCCCCGCACCACGCCCGCCUCCCAUCCCUUGUUUUCCACCGUUUUCAGGCUGACGUCUGAAGUCACUGGAAUGGGCUCGCUCUAGUUUCCAUCCUGCGCCGCGCAUCACAUGACCUCUGAGUAAACGGCAUUAAACGUGGUUUAUCGACCUCCGUUUGACCGCUCUGCUGUUUUAAAUCGAUAUUGUAAAGGUGUCACUCUUACCUGAAACUGUCUUUUGUUUUUCUCUGGACUCUUUUGCCUUCUUUUGUUUUUGUCGCUCAACGUUUCUCAAACGUUUGCUCUGACGAGUUCUUACUCAUUUUCUGAUGAUUUUCUGAUGCAAUGAGUGUGCUUGCAGAAGUUAUUGCCUGUUUGUCUCAGUAACGGUUUGCAUGACUCAGCAUUUCAGAUUUAUUUUCAAGUCAUGUGGAAAUGGAAGCUGGAACUGAAUACAUUUGUUAGAUUCUCAAGCCGAUCUUGUUUUUCAUGCGACUCCUGACAAAAAGCUGGGAAAUGAAGGUUUGUUGUGUUAAUGUCGGCAGCAGAGAGUAAAAUUCGUGUCCAGCUGUAGCCGUUUGUGUUCCUGACGCUGUAAUUUUACCUCUGUGCACCUGGACCGUUGGGACAAGUCGGCUGCGUUGCGUUUGCAGGCCAGUGAAAUCUCUGGGGUCGUUUCUUUUAGCUUCAUUGGAGCUCUGAGAAAUGAUUUCUUGCACAGAUCAUGUUUCUGUUCUGCAUGUUUUUAACUUUGCACCACUUUCUGUUGUGAACAUUGAAGCAUAAAUCAGUUCCCAAAAGUAUAAAGUGUCGGUUUCAUUAGUAUUUUGCUCUCCUUUAAGCAGAAUGACAAAAUAGUAUUUUCCAGUCAAAGCUGAAUGUAUGGGAGGUUUAUAUUAAAUGCUACGUUUUAACUGGUUUGUUUGCAUUUUAAGAUAAUGUGGCUUAAAAAUACAUUGGAGAAACUGAUAAGCUUAAUUAUUGAUCUAUAAGGUAAAAUAUUGAUAUCCAUCCAUGGAUCUAAACCCUCAUUGAACCAUCGGGGCUCCGACACCUGAAUCAAACGAAUGCUAGCAGAACCAGCUAAAAUACCAAGGAGCUAAUUUAGCCUUUAAUUUCAGAUGUUGCACUCAGACUAGAGCUGCUAAUACCUCAUUUAAAUUCAGUGGUGGGCAGAAUGUUAGCUAUCCAAAAAACCUGAUCAUUAGAUACGCCAAUGCUCUACAGCUGUCCAGUAUUCAGUGGAAGCUAAUGCUAAAGCGCCAACAGACAGAGACAUUGUUCCUGUAUGUUUUUGUUUGAAAUAAAUUUAGUUGGGGGUUUGGGGGGAAGGAGAAAACGUGACGAUCCUGCUGUAUAAACUUCAAAAUAAAAGCAUGAGUAUGAAAAUUUGUUAACACACAAUAAAAACUUUACAAAACAGUCAUAAUUCAUCUAGAAAAACAAAAGCAGGGGAAGCUAAGUGUGCUAACGUUUCCAACGUUAGCUAAAGCGCUAAAUGAAGAGUUAGCGCUGCUGUUAGCCCCACUGCUGGCUGAUGAUGUCACUUUCAUCCCUGAUCAUUCAAUAUGUUCUUGGUUUCACUCACAUCUUGGAUUCUGUGCAAAAGGAGCAAAAACAAUGAUAUGAAGUGAUUUUUGAAGGUGAUGAAAUGUAUUAUGAUGAUUAUGGUUUUGAUCAUUAAGAUCUCAGAUUUCUUAUGUAUUGAGUUUGUAGCGUUUUGUAAAGGAGAGACAAUAAGAAUAAAAACUGUUCUUUUCCUC